AGUUUUGAAAGGCAAGGACCCCAAGACUUCUGAAAAAAUGGCUGAGGUUGCCAGUCAUCCCGUUGGCCUUUUUAAUGAUCAAUCACUGACCACAGUAGUGAAGACUCACUUGCAAGAUAUUAAGAAUAAAGACGGAGCUGUUGAAAAUGUGAUGUAUCCAACAAGAACCAGGGACGGGGGAGUUGCAAAUGUGACAUUCAAAGAAGAAAAAGGUGCAGAGAAUAUCAACAGAGAACAGAAACACUGUCAGGCAGAAAAGGUUGGAUCUGCUCAAUUCACAGUCUCUGAUAGUGACAAGGUCUUCAGCUCUGUAAAAGCUAUCCUCGAUCUUUCUGUUUUUUGGAGUCCAGUCAUUCUAGAAAGCCUGGUAAUGGACCUGAAAAGAAAAAUCCCAACUUUAUCCUUCAGUCCUUUGGAACCCAAUGGAAGAAUCUCUGUUCAAGGGUCAUUUCUAGAUAUCCAGAAGCUCAAAGAAUCUUUGCUAUUAAAAGCAAGUUCUCUUGUAGAAAAAAAUGAGAAUUUUAUCAGUGAGGAGAAGUGGAACAGUGAGGCCCCCAAAAGUCAUCUCCAGAGAAGUAGUAACUCCUCGGAGUUGCCUGGGGCCUCAGCACCUGAGACCGAUAGGAGAGGAGAAACGCUAGUUCUCGAUACAAAUAUAUUCCUUUAUCUGAAAAAGAGCAGAUUUUAUGAAAGCACAUUGAAAAAAUGUCAUGUUUUCUGUCAGGAGAGAGUGGAUGGUGAAAUUACCACAAUCUGUAUAAAAAAUGCUCAAGAAUGUUCUCACCCAAACAACGAGAAGCUUGUAAAAGGACUUAUUGAAGAAUAUUCACUUGCUCUUCACUUUGAGCUUAGAAAGGAGACACUUCUUUUGAAAGGAAAGGAGGAUAGAGAUAAAAGAAGUAUUAAGUCGGCAUGCGAACAAGUAAGUUUGAGGUACCCUGAGGUUCUGAUUAAUUUUUACGAGACACACGUUGAUAUUAUAGGAUCUUCUGCUGACACAUACUUAUUUAAAAAAGAGGUCUUGCAAUUAAUAAGAUUAAAAAGUUAGGUAAUAAAAUCUCAGCAAUAAUAAUGAUAGUGGCAGUCUCCCUUACUGAACAGUGGCAAUGCUGUGUAUGACACUAGCUUUAUACACAUUGUCAUUUAAUCCUUGCAACUAUCCUUCACUGCAGGCAUUGCUAUCCUCAUGUUCUAGGGGGAGAACUUAGGAUUUGGAGAGGUUAAAACAUUUGUCUAGAGUUAUCCAGCAGGCAAAGAAUGGGGUUAAACUUGGCCUGUCUGACUACAAAGAUAAUGUCUAAGUCUUAAGACUUCAAAAAAAAAAAUCUCAUUAAAUUUUGAAGAAAUCUCACAUUUCCUGCAACCCCGAAUUCUUAGAAAUAGAAGUAGUCUUAAUUCUAACAGAGAAGUUUGGAUGAUUAUUAUGCCAUUGGCCAUUUCUUAGCAUUUACAAAGUUCGUGUUCACUCCAAACAGAACGCUGGUAAAACUCACUCGAGAGACUACUUAGAUGGAAAGUAUUUCUGAAGCAGGUAAUCAUUACUUGACUAAAUCCCAUUGGUACAGGUUACUGGACAUAUGGGACAUUUUUAUUGUUGCCUAUUUAGCCCAAGUGCAUACAUAAAAUGUUGGUCCUGUUAGAAUUAUGAAGAAUUACAAAGUAUAGUGUCUUCUUUCUCUGUUACCUCCUUUAUUUUAUAAUUGUAUUGCUCGAGCGAUAACAUUUGAGUAAUAAAAUAAUGGGUGUUUCCUUAAAGAUGACAGAAGGGCACCCAGAUUUGUAAAUCA